AUGGGAGGUUCAUGCAAUCUUAUACUCUGCAACUGCCGUAGUGCUUCAGAGAUCACAGACGACUAUGUGAAGAACAAAAUCGAAAUCUGUAUUCAAAAGUACAUGACUUUGGAAGAAACCAUGAAGUAUCUGCAGGAUAAUCACCAGAUUUGUCACAAGCUCACCCAAACAAUUUGGGAGAAGCUUCAAGAAGAGAGCCCAGAGUUCUUCAAGAUCUACUACUUAAGAUGCAAAGUGGCUCGUCAGACAAAGCAGUUCAACGAGUUGCUUGCCAAGCAAGUAGCUCUGAUGCUUAAAGCGGGAAAUCUUGAUAUUAAUUCACCUGAAAUCGUGAAUCUUCUUUGUCAGUACCCUGAAGUAAUUAGUCUUAUGAAUGAUCAAGCUAGCACAUCUGCUUCCAAGACAGAGACGGUUUCUUCAAGCUUAGCAUUGCCUUAUACAAACGGUCCAUCAGUAACGCAGCUGCAGGUUCAAAGCUUAGCACUGCCUUAUACAAAUGGUCCAACAGACCCGCAGAUGCAGAUUCCAAGCUCAGCAUUGCCUUACACAAAUGGUCCAUCAGACCCGCAGAUGCAGAUUCCAAGCUCAGCAUUGCCUUACACAAAUGGUCCAUCAGUGCCGCAGAUGCAGAUUCCAAGCUUAGCACAGCAUUAUACAAAUGGUCCAUCAGUAACGCAGCUGCAGAUUCCUAAUGAUCAGCAAAACCAACUCCAUCCUAAUCAACAGACUACAUCUAAUGAUCUUCCUUAUGGCUAUGCAGCAACAUAUGCACCAGCAGUUCUUGGCCAAUGGCCUUCCUCAGACGAUACUGCCUAUGAUCUUGGAGCUUCAAACUAUGCACCAGCAGCUGUUGAUCGAUGGCCUUCAUCUAAUGAUCAAACCUAUGGCUAUGGAGCUCAACCCUACACACCAGCAGCUGUAGUAGAUCAAUGGUCUUCAUCUACUGAUGGCUAUGGAGCUCCAACCUUUGCACCAGCAGCUAAUACGCCACAAUACCCCUUGGCUUCUAUACUCGACGGUCUAGGCGAUGUUGGUCAACAUGACCCAAUUAUCCAGGCGGCCAUGGAAAGAGAUUCAUUGUUGCAACUACAGGACCUGUAUGAACAAUACCAACCGCAAAUGCCGCUGCAACAGAACUUCCCAAUAGGAGCACAAGCGCAGCAAAUGCUACAACCUGGAGAAGGAAGCAACGGGCUGCAAAAUGGAGAAAGCUUUGACCAACGGAUGUGUCAUAACUUUGACACAACUCAACCAAUGCGAAUGUGUACAAGCGUUGACCAACGGGCUGAUCAACCUGGAGGAGGAAGCAACGGGCUGCAAAAUGGAGAAAGCUUUGACCAACGGAUGUGUCAUCAUAACUUUGACACAACUCAACCAAUGCGAAUGUGUACAAGCGUUGACCAGCAGCAAGCACGAGGAGUAACAAUGCAUCCUCGUCCUGAUUCUAAAGCUUUGGACACUCCACACAGUGGUAAGUAG